AUGGCUGACGAAGUUGUUGAAGUUUUAGUGCUCAGAGGAACCUUGCACGGCCACAACGGCUGGGUGACCUCCCUGGCUACCUCCCCAUCUAACCCAGAUCUCUUGUUGUCCGCUUCCAGAGACAAGACCCUGAUCACCUGGCAAUUAACCAGAGACGAGAACAACUAUGGUGUGGCCAAGAAGGCCCUCAAGGGACACUCCCACAUUGUUCAGGACUGUGACAUCUCUGCUGACGGAGAGUAUGCCAUUUCUGCCUCGUGGGAUAAGACCUUGAGACUUUGGAGACUCAACGAUGGUGCUUGUCUUGGUAGAUUUGUUGGUCACACUGCCGAUGUCUUGUCUGUUUCCAUUGCCGCCAACUCCAGACAAAUUGUUUCUGCUUCCAGAGACAAGUCUGUUAAGCUGUGGAACACUCAAGGUCAAUGUAUGGCCACCUUGGAAUCGCACACCGACUGGGUCAAUGCCGUUAGAUUCUCUCCAUCCACCGACGAGUCUAAGACUUCCACUGUUAUUUCUGCUGGUUCUGACAAACUUGUUAAGGCUUGGGACUUGAGAGACUACUCUCUGGCUGCUGACUUUGUUGGUCACACCGGUUACGUUUCCACCAUCACCAUCUCCCCAGACGGAUCUCUGUGUGCUUCUGGUGGUAAGGAUGGUACUAUCAUUUUGUGGGAGAUGAGCUCCAAGAAGAAGACUUUGUACACUUUGCAAGCCGGUGACGAGAUUAACGCUCUCGCUUUCUCGCCUAACAGAUACUGGCUCUGUGUUGCCACCUCCAGCUCCAUCAAGAUCUACAACCUGCAAGAGAGAAGCUUGAAGGAUGAGCUCAAGCCAGAGGUUGCUGCUGGUAAGACUCCAGAGUGUGUUUCUCUUGCUUGGUCCCACGACGGCCAGAACUUGUUCUCUGGUUACACCGACAAUGUCAUCAGAGUUUGGCAGUACGCCGAGGCCAGGUUCAACAGCUCUGUGCUGAUCUUGAUUGGCUCCAAGCCAGAAACUUUGAUGAAUAGGAUGUUGGACUGGAGCAAGUUGAUUGCAUCGUCUUCUCUUUUGGUGAACAUGGCCAAUGUGGCAUACAGGUCCCGCGCCCGAACCAGAUCCUCCAUGUACCGCGGCCAGGCUAUGUCUCCCGGGAUGUUUUCCUUGAUGAACCGGCGUUUCGACAGCCACGAAUCAAUCUUCAAAACCUCAAAUAUGUCCAUGUCACCUUCCACCUUCAAUGCAGGAACUUUAUCCACCAUCUGCUGUUCCGUGAAAACCAUUCUGUCCCAUAGUUCCUGCAUCGCCAGCAGAGUUUCUCCCGGCCUGGCAAGUGUGGCCAGCCGCGUGCUGACAAUCAAAUCCCGCUGGAUCACCUGGUCUUUCCAUUCCUCAGGAACUUCAUUAUUAACUAGCUUUGCAAAUAGAUAG